AUGCUAGAAAAAAAGCCAAUUGAAGCAGCUAAAAUAACAAUGUUAUGCUGCAUGAGAGCAAUUAAAAGAAGACAAAACAUAAAGUAUCGACUCAAAAGCAUUGAAAAUUGGAUUGGUUCUAGCGAUUUCAAUGCUUGCAUCGGUUUGGUUGAGGUUACAAAACGAAUUUUCUCACAUUUAAUACAGUUCAAGUCAAUAACAAUUAGAAAGACCUCUAUUAUUGUUCAAGCAUUACUGCAAUUAAAUGAUGAUGGCUGCAGUCUGGUUGCAUACUGGAAAAUGAACAAUAUUCGCGAUGAUAAAGAAGAUGAAAAUGGAGAUAAACUGAAAAGCACAAAAUUAUUGUUCAUUCAUAAAAGUUUUAAAGAGUUUUGUGACUCAGAAUUAAAAGUUUUAAAAUCUUCUACACAUGGAAAACUUUGA